AGACGAGACUCCUCCUGUGCGCGUGCUCGUGAAUCAGGAAAUAUGGCGGCGCUCACUCCACUCAGUCAGCUAUCAAGUGGAAACCCUACAUAUGAGAGCUUCUACAGACAGGUGGAUCCAGGAAACACUGGGAAAGUGGGCGCUGCAGAUGCCGCUCAGUUCCUGAAGAAAUCGGGUCUUUCAGACAGCACAUUGGGUCAGAUCUGGGAUCUGUCAGAUCCUGAGGGAAAAGGUUACUUGGAUAAAAAGGGUUUCUUUACUGCGCUGAGGCUGGUGGCUUCUGCUCAAGGAGGAAGUGAUGUCAGUCUAAACAGUCUGAGCCAGAACACACCCAUCCCUAAAUUUAGAGACACCGGCAGCCCGUCGCUGAACAUCACAACCUCUGUCGCUGACUCCAACUGGAUAGUGAAGCCGGAAGAUAAAGCAAAGUAUGAUGGGAUAUUUGAGAGUCUGUGUCCAGUUGGUGGGAUGCUGUCAGGUGAUAAAGUGAAACCAAUCCUAAUGAACUCAAACCUGCCUCUCGAUGUGCUUGGAAAGAUUUGGGAUCUCAGUGACAUUGACAAAGAUGGACACUUGGAUAAAGAUGAGUUUUCAGUGGCGAUGCGCCUGGUUUAUGCAGCCAGAGAGAAGGAGCCUAUGCCGUCCACCCUCCCUACAUCUCUCAUCCCUCCAUCCAAACGCAAGAAGUUUCCAGGAGCUCUCCCGGGAUCCGUUCCUGUUCUUCCCUCGAGUCCGUUCCUCAUGAUGGAGACCCUGCGGCCCGUGCCGGCGCUUUCCAAGAGUCCUCUGGGCGGCAGCACAAAUCUGUCUCCAUCAAACUCAAUGAAGCGCUCCACCCCGACACCACCGCAGCCUCAAACACACACACAGCCGUCCUCUGAUCUGUGGGUGGUGCCGGCGGAUGACCGAGAGCAGUACGAGGAGAUCUUUGAUCUGGCAGACUCUGAUUUUGACGGGAUGGUCGGAGGAGGUGAAGUGAAGGAUAUCUUCAUGAACUCCCGGCUGCCUCAGAGCGUCCUGGCACACAUAUGGUCGCUGGCGGACACUCAGCGUACCGGUAAACUCACCAAAGAGCAGUUCUGUCUGGCCAUGCACCUGAUUCAGGAGAAAGUUAAAGGAGUGGACCCUCCUCAGAGUCUGAGCCCUGACAUGAUACCACCGUCAGAGAGAGGGGUCGCCAGCACACCUAUUCUCUCUGGACUCACACCAUCAUUGAUGUCCGAAUUGACCCCGUUGACCAAUCUGAGCAGGGACAGCAGCAGUUCUGUUGGGUUGGUUGAGUUAACGGGAAACAAGGAUCUCGAUGACAUCAACCAGGAAAUCUCCCAGCUGCAGAGUGAAAAACGCAUUUUAGAGACCGAAAUCAGACAGAAAGAGGAAGUCCUGCGACAGAAGAACGGUGAAGUUCAGGAGGUGCAGAGAGACCUGGAGCGUGAAAAUGUGGGUCUGCAGGACAUUGAGCACCAGAAACGGGACGCUCAGGAUCGACUCGGUGAAAUGGAGCAACAGAGAGCCAAGCUGGAGACCACACUGGACGAGACCAAGAACAAAUGGCAGGAGGAGAACGCUAAGAUCACGUCUCUGCAGACUCAGAUCCUCUCUCAGGAGUCAGACGUGCAGACGCAGGAGAAGGAGAUGAGCCGAGCGAAGACGGACCUGUACUGUCUGGAGCAAGAGGAGCAGCGCCUGGACGAGAGUCUGCGUGCUGGACAAGCCAAGCUCGACAGCAUCCUCAAACUGCUCAAAACAUCGCAGGACGAGAUGGACCAGACGCGCAGUGAGCUCGUCGAGAUGCAGGACACCCAGCGGGAGCUGAAUAAGACUAUCGAGCGCUUCAGCACAGCUCUCAACAACGGCACGAUCAGCCUGGCCGAACUGGACCAGCUCAUCGCCGAGGAGAGCUCCAGCAUCGAUGCCAAGGAGGAUUCAUUGGUUAAGUCCAGGAUGGCCAUGUUUAGCAGUUCCAGCUCUCAAGGCCUGAACGCAGACCCCUUUCAGAGCGAAGACCCCUUCAAGAGUAACCCUUUCAGUAAAGCUGAUCCGUUUGGCGGAGAUCCAUUCAAACAGAACGACCCCUUCAAAGACCCGUUCGCUAAUUCUGAUCCCUUUGGUGAAAGUUCAAGUCAAUUCAAGGCCAGUUCCUUCAGCACAAGAAUCAGCCAGACAUCGAAGAGUCCCAAACCUAAAGAUUCAGAUCCGUUUGCUGCGUCAGACCCGUUCAGUAGCGACUUUUUAGGAGGAGGGAAAGGUGGUUUUGCUGAUUUUUCUCAAAUGUCAAAGAGUUCGACUUCAGCGCCGACGAGCCGAAAGCCGACGUACCCGCUUCCCCCUCCGAAAAAACCCGGACCACAGAGACCAGCGCCGCCUCCUUAUGGAAAGAAUUCGUCCGUCACGAAUAGCGGUUCAGUGGUUCAUAGUCAAGGGUUUGGUGCUCCAGCUGUUCGAAAGACACAUGUGGACAGAGGACCCUUACGGUCUGCUGUUAACCCGUCCACGGGGUUAGCAGACUUUAGAGCUUUCGGAAGUGAGACCCAGCAGCUGGAGUGGGCCAAACGCGAGAGCCAGAGAGAGGAGGCGGAGCGGAGGAGGAGACUUCAACUACAGGAACAACAAGACCUGGAACUGGCCCUCGCCCUCAGUCGAGCUGAAGUGCCCAGAACAUGAGAACACAUCAACCAUUGAGCAACGCCGGACCAAUGAAGUGAGAUUAUAUACAGCUAGCUUUACCAAAUCCUGUGGGACUAGCAGGACGCAUUUACUUAUGCACAUCAUCAGUAUCGUAAUACGUAUCAAGUGCUUUAUAUCUCACUGACCUUUUCGAUUACGAUCAGCUUCAUCCACACAGAAACCGUCGCGAUGUGAUGUUUGCUAAAUUACCGAACCCGUGACGUGCACCAUAUGAUCAUAUAUAAUGUCCGUGUUUUGCACUCCCAACACAUCCUUAAUAUUAUGCAUCAAGAUCAAAUGAAGCAUGUUCUGCACUUUUGAAGGAAGGGAUCUGCCGUGCUGCUUGUUAUUGGGGUUUUGCUAUAUUUAUAUUUAUAUGAGAGUGAGUUUGUGUUUAACCCUUUAUCCGCCAAAUCACUGCCUACGUUGAUUUAGUUUGAAGCCUUUUUUUGUUGAAGAAGCACAUUGAAGCAUUAUACUGUAUAUUGAGCUCAUUCUUAUGUAUUUAUUGCAUCUGUGAUACUAGACACUAAAAUCAGCAGGUUGUGGAUUGUUUGAAUGAAGUAAAGAAGUAAAUUUGGGUGUUUACAUGGUUUUGAUGGUUUUUGUUUUGUUUCUAUUGUGGAAAAGGGCUAGAAAUAAUUUUCACAAUGUGUUUUAUAAAUAUUAAACAUGUUUAAUAAAUGGUAAACUAAAAUUUUGGACUAAAAAAGC